AUGUUCGGCAUGCAACGCUCGCUGUCAACGCCCAGCCCACAGGUGGCCAGCUACAGUCAUUCUCAUCUCACCUCUCCGUCGAUGGAGAGCCUGCAGCCGCGCCUCGACAGCCGGCGGCCGGAAGCCUUCUUCGCCCGCCACGACAAGCGGCGGCGCGGAAGGGCAGAUUUCGGCGUAUUGUCAGAUGACGAGGCCGACUUCAUCGACUUUUUCAUGGGGACUCAGGAUCUGGAGCUUGGACGCACGCAGAUUGCUAGGCGGGUGCAGGGCAAGAAAGCGCAACUCAUGCGCGUUACGAAGGUCGACGGGCGUCUUCAUCUAGAACCUGUCCCUGACACUGUACCGGAGGACUUGACGGAAGAACUAGUCGAAAUGUACGCCCAAGAGGACACCAACGAGCAGCCAAACAACAGCACCACGACACCAAGAGAAGGAGAGAGCGACAAUGCCGGGGACGGAAGUGGGAGCACGAAAGCUGAAAGCCGGGAGGGUUUUGAGGCGUAG